UUAAAAAUAAGUUACUGGUUUAUGUUUUUGAGACGAGAAAUCCUUUCAAACUGUGAAAAUUUUAAAUCUAUUCAAAUGGCCGCCGUACAGGAGAUUGAAGAUUUUUACGGCGUGUACCUGCUGGUCAGCAAAAGUCCCAAUCCGAAGUUUGCCGGCCGAACCUACAUCGGCUACACGGUGGAUCCAAACCGUCGGAUCAAACAGCACAACAGCGGCCAGGAUGGCGGUGGGGCAAAACGGACAUCAAAUCGGGGACCUUGGGUGAUGGUGAUGAUUAUUCACGGCUUUCCAAACAACCUCUCCGCUCUAAGGUUUGAAUGGGCCUGGCAGCAGCCGAAGGUCUCCCGGCGACUGAAGGCGAUCCCGGAGCUGCACAAGAAGCAACGCAAGGAAAGCAACUUCGAGUACAACUUUCGCAUUCUCACCGAGAUGCUGCGGAUCGGGCCAUGGAACCGGCUGCCCCUCACCGUGCGCUGGCUCGUGGACGACUUCCACCGCGAGUUUGAGGUUGGAAAGGCGCCCCCGAUGCACAUGCCAAUUUGCUUUGGCCGUGUGAAGAAAGUGCCCAAAAAGGGAAAAGUGGCCAAAAAGUCCGGCGGCCGGCGUCGCGCUGCCCAGAAGCCAAGCACAGCUCCAACGACGGCGAAGAGUAAAAGCAAACAAAUCGCCGUUAAUUACGAUCUGGACGUCGACGAGUACGAUCUGCUCGUAAUGGGGGCAGACGCUACUGCUUCCGAGAACGCUUCUAAACCGGAGGAGGAGGAGGACACGGUCGGGCCGGACGAUGACGGCAUAACCAUCAGUUCGGACGAAGAUGAAGAGGAGCCAAAAUCCAACGAUGCUGAUUUGUGCGUCAUUUGUAACGGUGCGAUUGGAACGUCCAACGAUUUCGCCCUGCGGUGCGUCCGGCCCCGCUGCUCCAUGGUGUGUCACAUCGAGUGUCUGGCCGGAAAGUGCCUCGAGCCGGGACAGUACGUGCCCGUGGCGGGCGUUUGUCCCGUGUGCGACGGGAACUUUCUGUGGGGAGAUCUGAUUCGGAAAGCCAACGGGUGCAGCGAUUUGGUGGAAGAUUCGGGAAAUACGACCAUGCUGGAAGUGGACGACGUUUCCGAAAGUGAGGGAGAAUGAAUUUUGUGUUAUUAAAUGUUUGAACAAUAAACUGGUUUGUCACCUUCGGUGCAUUGA